AGUUAGCAAAAUUAACACAUAUACAGAAGAGGAGAAAAACUUGGCCCAAAAUUUGAAUUAUAUGUCGACCAAAGCGUAUAGUUUUAUGCGUGAUGACCUCAAAUUUGCACUGCCCCAUAAAAAAUCGUUGAUGCGCUGGCGGCCAAUUAGGUAUGUUAGACCAGGAAUUGAUGCGAAGGUUUUAGAAAACUUAAAAAAAAUAGUAAACGAAAUGUCUGAAAGGCAGAAAAUCUGCGAAAUAAUUUUCGACGAAAUUUCCGUCAAAAGUGAUCUUGUUUACAACAAAAGUAGGGAUGUUAUAGAUGGCUUCGUAGACAGCGGUGGUAAUGACAGGAAGAUGUUUAUUGCAGACAAAUGUUGUUUUUUCAUGGUAAAAGCCAUUGCAGGAGAUUGGAAGUAUGUUUUGUCAUAUUAUCUCGCAAAAGGAGGCGUACCUCAAGCACAAUUAAAAAAUAUUUUAUUUAGUAAUAUAGAAGCCGUAGAAAAAAUAGGUUUAAAUGUUAAAGCGAUCAUUUGUGAUCAAGGCCCGAUUAAUGUUCAAUUGUUUAAAGUGAUGCAUAUCACAGAGACUAAUCCGUACAUUUUUUUCAAUGGGAAAAAGAUUUUUUGUAUGUUCGACUAUUGUCAUUUAAUAAAAUCUGUGAGGAAUAAUUUAUUAAAACAUGAUUUGAAGACUAAGGAUGGUAUUGCUAGCUUCAAAGUUAUUCGGAAACUUUUUUCCAUUGAUAAGGAUAAUACCAAUUUUAAAAUAUGCCCGAAACUCUCUUCGGCUCAUAUAUAUCCCAAUAGUUUUGAAAAAAUGACUGUUUCCCGGGCUACUCAGGUACUCAGCAAUUCAGUGGCUGCUGGUAUAGACAUGCUUUUUAAGCAAGGGUUAUUAGGAUCAGAUACGUAUAUAUUGAAUUGCGCUAAACCAACCCAGCUUUUUGUAAAACGAAUGAAUGAUUUAUUCGAUGAGUUAGACUGUAAGGGCAUGAAGAGUAAUAACCCUUUCAAGUGUCCAAUAUGGCGAGGGUCUGAGGGAAAGUUGAACAGGCUUAGGGAACAUAUCGCAUUUUUAGCAUCAGUUCAACUUCCAAAUAAUAUACAUUCAUUUUGUUUUCGUGCUUUUACAAUCACAAUUAACUCAAUGAUAGAACUUAGCAAAGAACUGUUUCAAAAACACAAAGAUUUAAAAUUUAUAUUACUUGGAAAGUUGAACCAAGAUGCACUGGAAAAUUUUUUUUUAUAAAAUUCGGGCAAAUCAAGGCAUAA